AGCGCAAUGGUGUGGAGCGUGGCUUAAAUAUGUUUUCAGCUACCGAAAACAGUCAGUUUCGCUCAAGGCGUCAGCACGCUUACAUCGGUUUUGGCUGUGUACCUCGAACGCCAAGUAGAAAGUCAAAACUUGAUUCAGGCAGAUUACAGCGACGCGUCGCAAAAUUUUUUAAUUCGUAUUUAUAUAAUAUUUGCAAGUUGUGAAACUGAUCGCGACUGAACACAAGCCCGUACGAAUCUGUAAAAGAAAUCAAUUAACAAUGCUGGAAACUGAGGUACUUCAACAACCCAAACUGGAUGGCCCUUCAAGUGCCACGGACUACGAGUAUCCCUACUCUUGCUCUCUGAGCCAGGACAUGAAGUUAGUGGCAAAGGAGGAGUUGCAUGAGGACGACAACAUCCGACGACAGGCGCUUGCCCAAUUUCGCGAGUGGAUUGCAAAACAUCCACGUAUUAAGAAGUGCCGAACGGAUGCAGUGUUUCUUCUACGGUUUUUACGCACUAAGAAGUUCUCAGUACCCGCAGCCUGUGAGAUGCUAGAGCGCUACCUAACCAUUCGUCAGCUAUUUCCCCAGUGGUUUCAGCAGCUGGACAUUAAUGACCCAGCAAUAAACGAAAUAUUCGAGGCCGGAUAUUUGGUGCCGUUGCCAGAGCGCGAUUCCAGCGGACGUCAGGUGAUUUUCUCUGUUGCCGGUAGAUUCGAUCCGUACAAAUUCACGUCGGUGCAAAUGGCGCGGGUGCACAGCCUGAUUUGUGAGGCCCUGCUGGACGACGAAGACUCUCAAGUAGCUGGAUACGUAUAUGUGAACGAUGAAAGUGGCAUGAACAUGGGCUUUGUAAGUCUCUGGUCGCUCACUGAUCUCCGAAGCAUAGUGAAAUGUAUCCAGAACUCUACACCCAUGCGCCACAAGGAAACUCACUUUGUCAACAUACCCCACUAUGCAAACCGAAUCAUCGAGCUUGGCGUGUCCAUGCUAAGCGACAAACUUAAGAAGCGUAUUAUUGUGCAUAAAAAUGUAGAUGGCUUGAAGUCCAAACUAGACCCAGCCAUCUUGCCCAAGGAAUACGGUGGCACCAUGCCCAUGGCAGAUAUGAUACGAGAGUUCAAAGUAAAGCUUUUGCAGCGCCGAGCGACCAUUCUUGCCUUGGAUGAUAUGCACAUUGAAGUUAACAAGGAUGCGGCAAAUUUUGCGGGCAGCAAUGAAAUCGGUGAUAUUGAUGCUGGCGUCGUUGGCAGUUUUCGAAAACUCGAAGUCGAUUAAUUCAUU